AUGCAGUUCAAGGUCGCCCUCGUCUCCCUUUUCGCCGCCAUGGCCAUCGCUGCCCCCGGGCUCGAGAAGAGGUGCACCGCUGACGGCGGCUCCUGCACCCAGCUGUCGCAGUGCUGCAGCGGGAACUGCGAGUACGACUCCUCCAUCGGCCUCGUCUGCAAGCCGGCGGCGAAGAUGAUGGAGAAGAGGUGCACCGCCAACGGAGGUUCUUGCACUCAGUUGAGCCAGUGCUGCAGCGGCAACUGCGAGUACGACUCUUCCAUCGGCCUUGUCUGCAAGGCUUAG